ACACACACACACAUGUACAUACACACACACAAACAUGUACACACAUGCACAGAGACAUGUACACACAUACAGACAUGUAUGUACAUACACAGAAAUACACACAUACAGACACAUGUACAUACACAUGUACACACACAGACACGUGUACAGAUACACACAUGUACAUACACACAGACACGUACAAUUGUACAUGCAUACACAGACACACACAAACACACACACAAGUACACACACACACCACCAUCUCCCCCCCAUAAAAAGUUGCAGUACUUCGUUGUUCACUCACAGAGCCGGGUACUGCACUCUAGGGGGAGGCAGAGAGCACAGCACACACUCCUUGCUUUGCUUUCACUGCGCUCAGCUGUUGAGCAGUCUGACGGCACCCAGUGCCAAUGACAGAUCCGGCCUGAGCUCCGAGCCUGCUCACCAAGACGGCCCUGGGGGACACACUCGCCCCCACUAUAAUUUCCACUCGCCAUUGGCGAGCAGAAAUUUCAAGCCCUGUAAUAUACUAUAU